AUGCCUACUAUUAAUAUCAAACGUGAUUUAUUAUUUAAAAUCCUUGGUAAAACAUAUUCGGAUAUCGACUUUCAGGAUUUAUGUUUCAAGUUCGGCUUAGAAUUAGAUGAAGUGGUAACAGAAAAACAAAUUAUAUCAAAAGAACAACAUUUAAACCAUAACAGACAAGAAUUAGAGGAAGUUAUAUAUAAAAUUGAUAUACCAGCAAACAGAUAUGAUUUAUUAUGCUUAGAGGGUUUAACCCUUGGACUUCUUAUAUUUUUAAAUCAAGUUGAUAUACCACAAUAUAUGACAAUACUUCCUAAUACAAAUACAGAAAAAAUUAUAAUGACAAAACAGUGCUUGGAAGUUAGAGGACACAUUGUUGCAGCUAUAUUACGUGAUGUUACAUUUACAGAGGAUUCUUAUAAUAGCUUCAUUGAUCUUCAAGAAAAAUUACAUCAAAAUAUAGGCAGAAAAAGAACUUUAGUAUCAAUUGGAACUCAUGAUUUAGAUACUAUUAAAGGUCCAUUUUUAUAUGAUGCAAGAUCACCAACUAAUAUUUGUUUUAAGCCACUUAAUCAAGAUAAAGAAUACACAGCAGAAGAAAUUAUAAAUUUAUAUAGUAAUCAUGCACAAUUAAAACAAUAUUUACAUAUUAUAAAAGAUAGUCCAUUUUAUCCUGUAGUGGAAGAUAGUAAUGGAAUCAUUUUAUCCUUUCCACCUAUCAUCAAUGGAGAUCAUUCAAAGAUUACACUUAAUACUAAAAAUAUAUUAAUAGAAUGUACUGCAAUAGAUUUAACAAAGGCAAAAAUAGUAUUAAAUACCAUAGUCUGUGCUUUUAGUCAAUACUGUAAAACAAAAUAUACAAUAGAAAUGGUGGAAGUCUUAUAUCCUAAUGGACAAGUUUUUCAUUAUCCUGAUUUAAAAUAUCGAACUAUAGAAAUUGAUUGUGAGAAAGCAAUGAAAUAUAUUGGUAUAAAACAAACUACAGAAGAAUUAGUUAGUCUACUUUCUAGAAUGUCUUUAAAAACAUCUAUCAAAAAUGAUAAUAAAUUAAUUAUUGAAGUGCCACCUACAAGACAUGAUGUAUUGCAUGCAUGUGAUAUUUACGAAGAUAUUGCUAUAGCAUAUGGAUAUAACAAAAUUCAGAAAACUAUACCAUAUUUAUUUACUAUAGCAGAAGAGUGUCCACUUAAUAAACUAUCCGAUCAACUACGUACAGAAUUGGCUUAUGCUGGAUUCACAGAAGCAUUGACUUUCUCAUUAUGUUCACGUGAAGAUAUAUCAAAUAAAUUAGGUCAUAAUUUGAUAAACGUACCAGCUGUUCAUAUAUUGAAUCCUAAAACAUUAGAAUUUCAGGUUGCACGUACUACUUUGAUACCAGGAUUAUUGAAAACAUUAGCUGCAAAUAAAAAGAUGCCACUUCCUCAUAAAUUAUUUGAAGUAUCUGAUAUUAUAUUAAAAGAUAAUAAUACGGAAGUUGGUGCACGUAAUAAUCGGCAUUUAUGUGCAAUAUAUUGUAAUAAAUCUGAUGGUUUUGAACUAAUUCACGGUUUACUGGACAGAAUAUUACAAAUAUUAGAAGUACCAUGGAAUAAUAAUGAAACGAAAAAUGGAUAUUAUCUUCGUGCCGUCGACGAUCCUACUUUUUUUCCUCAUCGUUGCGCGGAAAUAUUAUGUUAUAACAAAGUAAUUGGUAAAAUGGGAGUUCUACAUCCAGAUGUAAUUUCAAAAUUUGAAUUAAAUACACCUUGUUCCAUAUUAGAAAUUGAUAUUGAAUGCUUUUUAUAAAAUAAUUAUAAAAUUUAUUGUUAGUAAUAUUUAUAAAUAAAUAAUACAUUUUU